UCGGAGGGGUCUUCCUCGGAUCCACCCCUGAGGCCAGUUUACGUGUUUUAGUUGUGCAGGAAACCUUCGGCCUAGCAUCAAUUGGACCGGACCAGUUUUCAGCCACUUCAACGGGCCUUCGGCAAGGCCCCAUUGUUUUCAUCCGAAACAACUACCAUUGUCAAUACACUUUCACUAAAUAAUAAUUUUGUAGAUGCAAUGACUCAAUGAGCACCAUGAUGUGUUUGUUGAUUUGUCUUUAACUCGUUUUAAAAUGGCUUAUAGAAUCAGUUUAUUAUUAAUGAAUGUCAAUUACCGAAUAUAUUAUAGUUUGGAAAAAUUUUAUAGGGCGACAAUUGUCAUAUACACGUACGUAUGUGAUAGAAUUAGCUUAAUAAUUAGCUUAAUGGCAUCAAUUUAAACUUGCUAAAAAAGCAAAGUUUGUAGAGCCAAAGCAAAAGAGAGAUUCCGGAGAAGAAAAGGGGUGGGAAGAUGUGAUGUUGAGCUCAAGAAUAAGAAGCACCAAAUUAAAGGCACUUUUUUCUUGUUCCUUUUCACCUCCUUGUCUCUUGCCAAUCACCAUUGUGUUUCUUGACAUACCAUGCUACGUUAAAGCAUUAUUCUUUUAUCCGAGGUAAUCCUAAUUUAAAGGUGCUAGCUUUUUAUAAAAUAGUUUUUAAUAAUUGGAAAUCUUAAUUAGUAUUUGCAUUAAAUUGAUAAAAAUAUCUCUGAAUUAAAACUCACUAUUAACAUAUUUAACUUCAGUUUAAUGGGAAGAUUUAUACUUAAUUUACCAAUCACCUAUAUAACAUAUUACAAAUGGAUUAUACUCUAGUAAUACCAACUAUAAUUUGAGCGAAAAAAAAAAAAAUAAUUAAUUUGAGCACAAAGUCAUAUGUGUUUUGUUUUAUAUAAGUGUACAAAUACAUAAAGUUCAAUAAUAACAAGUGAAUUGAGGAAAAUUGGAAUAAAUUAAAAAGGAAAACAAAGCAUACCAAAUCAAACUACAAAUAAAAAAAAAAUUCUAAUUAAUAAAUCUUAAGCUUAACCAAAUUAAACUGGAAUCGGAAACGAAAUCGUUCUAGUACAUUUUAAAUAAGCCCGUAAGAAUAUAGGGUAUUGGGCUUAGCACUAUUUUUAUGAUGGGCUGGUGUACUAUAGGUCUGUGGCACAUAUAUGAUAUAUAUAUUUUUUGAAUUGUUAAUAAUAUUCAGGCCUCACAUUGGUAUUCUCUCUUUUUUUUUUUUUUUUUUUUUUUGUCCUUAAAUUGUUAGUCUUUUAUUCCUUCAAAAUAAUUGUUAGUCUUUUAAAUGAUACAAGUUGAUAGGACACUUUUACACACAACCCUUCCUAAUCAGAGCCUAACCGAAUUCAACCCAAUUAUUCAAACUAACAUCAUCACGCACAACCCUAAUUUACACCUUAACACAGCUAUUCGCACAUGUCAUUCCACGGACGUGACUCGUGCGUAUCCACUAUGUAUUAAUCACAUAAACUAGAUUUUCUAAUUUAAAUUAAUUACUCAUUUUAUAGCUUUCACAUAGUAAUAUGAAAACUACCGUGUCCAAGAUAAUACUACCUCCAUUAAUUUUUAAUUGCAACAAAGAAAUAUUUCAAACGAUUACUUCAAAAAAAAAUACCCUUUGUUGCAGCUAAAAUUUAACGGAAAUAGUAUAUCAAUUAUUCCGAAACACAGUGGACUCGGGGAGUAUCCAAAUUUGGCACACAAGUGACUCAACACAACCCACUAGCUAACAAGUAAGGCCCAUUUUUGAAUUUUUUUAAACUUUUUUCAAAAAAAAAAAAAAAAAAAAAAAAACAAAACGAAAACAAAAAAACGUUGACGGAGUACAACACUACAAGUCUACAACCGACUAGUAGGCGGGGAGAAUGAAAGCAAGCAAACUAUCACAAACAAAAUCUCUGAAAUUGAGUAACUUCCCAAAAAUAGACAUGUCUUGUACAAACUUAUUAGACUUACUUGUUGGAUGUCUUUCGCACAUAUUAUCGUUGACUUCGCCGAGGGAUGUCGCCCGAUCAUCAGCCGUUUCGACGGAGUUUUUAUUGGCGUCGAAAUCCGAUGCCAUUUGGAACAAAUUUCUGCCGUCCGAUUAUCAUUACUUCUUAUCUCAAUCGUCAAUUCCAAUUGAUCAACAGCAAUUUGCUUCUAAAAAAGAUCUCUUUUUCUCUCUUUGUCAAUCUCCUAUACUCUUCAACAAUAAAACUCAGAGUUUUGCCUUGGACAAAAGUAGUGGGAAAAAAUGCUACAUGCUUGGUGCUAGAAUGCUGAUGAUCUCGUGGGGAGACACCCCUGCAUACUGGAGUUGGAGAUUCAUCCCUGAAUCGAGGUUUCCAGAGACUGCUCAGCUGAAUUCUGUAUGUUGGCUUGAUAUUAAAGGGCGAAUACCAAUCAAAUUCCUCUCCUCAGAUACAACUUAUGGCGUGUAUUUUGUGUUCCAGAAGGUUGUGCAUUCUUUCGCCGGGUUUUAUGGACCAGUUAAGGCAUCUGUACUAGAAUUUGAUCAAGAAGAACAAUCCAAAAGUAAUGAAGAUCAUAGUGUAGUUGCUAAUGACUACUAUCUUGGGGAACAAGAGUUUGAUGAACCUACAUGUUGGUUGGAUGGCGAUGAAUUGCCAGUGGAAAGAGGUGACGGAUGGAUGGAGAUAGAGAUGGGGAGGUAUGAUGUUGGUUCCGGUGUUGAGGCGUUUGACGAAAGGGUGGUGUUGGAGAUGGCACUCAUGGAGGUUGAAGACCUUAGAUGGAAGAGUGGUGUUCUUGUUCAAGGCAUUGAACUUCGUCCUUUGGAUUGAUUUUUAAAGGAAAGGAUGGUUUUUUUUUUUUUUUUUUUUUUUUUUUUUUUUUUUUUUUUUUUUUUUUUUUUAUUGUAAUGCAUUAUUUAAUUUAAUCAACACUAAAUGUGCAAUUUCAAUUCUACGUUUUUUACUUAAUGGAUGUGAUGAUUUAUGAUCAUCUUCAGUUUGUACAGCAGCUUGGAACAAGAAUUGUUUUUAGUGUUUUGGAUGGUAAUUCUUGCGAUAAUACUUACAUUAUUAAAGUAAUUUUAAAUGAUUUUUUGAUAUUAAUAUGGAAAAAUUAGACAUAAUAAUCCCAACUUUCAUCGAUUUUGUUCAAAUAAUCCCAACUUUGGAUUAUUCCAGAAUAAUCCGAACUUUGGGGGUUCCUCUUUUUCUUCAAUCCCAAACCGGUCAACGAAAGUCAAUGACCUAUUAUUUCAGGUCACUUGACACAUGUCAAGUCUUGAUUGGUCAAAAACUUUAAAAAAUAAAUAAAAAAAAACAAAUACAAAAAAAAAAAAAAAAAAAAAA